AGCUGUUCCGGGAUGACGAGAGGGCUCACUUCCACGAGCAGGGCAAACAGCUCAUCCCAUGGAUGGGGGACAAGAACAUCCUGAUUGAUAGGUCGGUUGAACAAACCUAAAGGAAUUGUUAUCCUAACCAACUUUCCUAAUCCCUGAUCUGUCUUUCGAAAGGACCGAUCGGAUUCUUGAAAAUAUAACUGUGACAUAAAAAUAAAAGUAUUGGCAAACCAUUUAUCUAGCUUGAUAAUGUCGUCCUUUUGGCCUCAUGAAACCGAAGAUGCUCUAACUAUUAACAGGGUAGCAGAGCAUCAUGUCAAGAUGCUGUGUCCUCCACUAAGUUUGCCAUAUAUUUCAACAGUGAACAAACUCUACAUGAGACUGACAGUUGUCUAUGAUGACCUGUAAAAUAGUUGUUUAUUUGGAAAUAAACCCACUUGAACCAUGAAGGGAGUGACAUUAUAUGUUGGCACUCAUGGUCUCGUUGAGCGACCUUAAUCUGCACGGGCCUGCCUCUUGUUUCCAAUGAAUGUGUGUGUCUCUCUAUCACAUAACCAGCCCUUAUUUCCCCAGCAAGUAGCCUAAGGCUAAGGGGUCCUGCCUGGCCCCCCAAUGCCAACCCCAGCGCCCACUCUGGAGAGGUGGAAGAGAGGAGCGAACGCAGGAAAAUAUCGUCCGUUUGGGUUCUUACGGAUAGGUAUGAUGGGCGUGGUCACUUGCAUGACCUCUCAGAGUACGACACGGGCUCGUGGAACAGAGAUUACCAGCUGUCCGAGGAGGAGGCCAGGAUCGAGGCCCUAUGUGAUGAGGAGAGGUACCUGGCCAUGCACACAGACCUGCUGGAGGAAGAAGCCAGACAAGAGGAAGAGUACAAGCGUCUGAGUGAAGCUCUGGCAGAUGAAGGCACUUAUAACGCAGUGGGCUUCCGCUACAGCGCAGACUACUACGACCCUUCUCAACCCACUGAGGAAGAGGAGGCCAACAGGGAGACGGAAGAAGCAGAGCCGCAGGAGAGCGAGGAACCCUUCGUGGCGCCCCCGGGCCUGGCGAUCCCCCCCGAUGUAGAGCUGCCAGCGACCACCAAAACCCAUGCCAUCAUCGAGAGGACCGCCAACUUUGUGUGCCAGCAGGGGGCCCAGUUUGAGAUUGUUUUGAAAACCAAGCAGUCGGGCAACUCCCAGUUUGACUUCCUGAACUUCGAACACUACCUGAACCCCUACUACAAACACAUCCUGAAGGCCAUGAAGGAGGGCCGCUAUACCUCCGCCUCCGACAAGCAGGACUCACAGGACUCUGAUGAUUCUGAUGAUGAUGGGGAUGGCAACUACCUCCACCCCAGCCUGUUUGCUCCUAAGAAGAGCUCUCGCCUUGAGGAGCUGAUGAAGCCUCUCCAAGUCAUGGACCCAGACCAUCCACUGGCAGCGCUGGUCCGGAAAGCCCGACAGGAACAGAACGGAGCCGCCGCUGCAGCUGCCGCCGCCAUGGCAACCAAGCCAGAGGAAGUGCCUGCAGAGCCGGCUGUGCCAGCCGCACCGGCAGAGUACACCGCUGACCCUAACAUGGCAGCAAUGUAUUAUGGGUACUGCAUGCUACCUGAUGGGAACUACUGCCUGGCUCCGCCUCCCCCAGGGAUAGAUGCCAACGCUUACUACAGCUCCCUGCCCUCUGGCAGCAUGCUGGCCACGCCCUCUUACUCUGGAGCCCCGCCUCCUCCAGGGACCACUCCACCUCCUGAGCCAACCACACGGUUCAUCUACACGGCUCCUCCGACUACAUUUCCCAUUAUCCCACCACCAACUACAGUUCCCAUGAUCCCACCACCAACUCCAGUUCCCAGCCAGGUCCCAGUCCGCCUCUCAACCCCUCCUGCUCCUGUUGUACCUGCUGCUGUCAUACCAGAGACCAGUUCGCGGUCCCAGGCUCCAGUUGCUGUGGCAGCGCCGGCCAUCAUUCCCCCUCCCCCUGACAUCCAACCGGUUAUUGACAAGCUGGCUGAGUACGUAGCUAGGAACGGUGUCAAGUUCGAGACCAGCGUCCGCGUCAAGAAUGACCCGAGGUUUGACUUUCUGCAGUCCUGGAACCAGUACAACACCUAUUAUGAGUUCAAGAAGCAUUACUUCAUGAAGAAAGAGGGAAUCAGCCUGCCAGAGUGUGGCUCUCCAUCAGACAGCCUGGGCCCAGCAGAGGGGGAGACAGACGGCGGCAGCGUGGGUAACUGUCCCUCUGACAAACGGUUGAAGGAGGGCAAGCUAAUAAAAGCGUCCUUUGCACCAAUCUGCUUUGCCAUCAAAGCCAAAGAAAACGACAUGCUGCCGCUGGAGAAGAACCGUGUGCGGCUGGACGACGACUCGGACGAUGACCUGGACAAGUUGCUGGGGGAGGAGGGUCUGGUGGCCCUCCUAGACAGGGCGGAGAUGGUGGUCAGAGAGGUCUCUGCACACCCCGCCCCUGAAGAGAAGAGACCCACUCUCACCCUUGAGGAGCUGGAGGCCAAACAAGCCAAGCUGAAGUUGGAGGACCGUCUGGCUGCAGCCGCCAGGGAGAAGCUGGCCCAGGCCUCCAAGGAGUCCAAGGAGAAGCAGCUUCAGGCGGAGAGGAAGAGGAAGGCAGCCCUGUUCCUCCAGACCCUCCGGAACCCCCUCACUGGAGAGCCUGAGACCAGACGGCCCGACGAGACCCCCGCCAUGCCUGUGCCACAGCUGCCAAUGUUCCCAGUGGCCCCCGUCGUCUCAGUCCCCCCUCUGUUGGCUUCCAGAGCACCUGUGUACCCAGUUGAUCAAAGACCCCCUGACGCCAACGCCUUCAAAAGGAAAGAGCCCCCCUCCUCUUCCUCCCUCCUGCUACCCUCCUCCUCAUCCUCCUCUACCUCCAGAAGACCAGAGAAGGAGCGGGACAGAGGGAAAGGAGACAGAGACAAGAAGAAGAAGAAACACAAGAAGAGGUCACUGGCGAGAUCACGGUCUCGCUCCCGGUCGCGGUCUAAAACCAAGCACGCCCUGCCCAGCGCCUACAGAACGGUCCGCAGGACUAGGUCUCGCUCCAGGUCUCCUGGGAGGAGGGACAGGGGGGACAGAAGGGCUCGCUCGUCUGAGAGGAGGCGUGAGGAGAGGGAGAGGGAGCGCUACGGCCCCGCCGCCUGUCGCCUUGGCAACAACACUGCUCUGCCCAGGAGGCACUCCAGAUCCAGGUCCCCUCAUGAGAAGAGGAAGAGUAAGAGUUCUAAGGGCCAGCUCCAGACCAAGGGCUCCUCCUGUUCCCCCUCCUCAUCCCCUGGCAGGCCCAAGAAGUCCCCCAGCGCCUCCCCUCCCACCAGCCCCACAUCCAGCCUCUCCAGGGACGGCUCACAGGAGAAAGAGAAACAAGUACCCUCAGCCAUCGUCUCCUCCAUGCAGUCCAAAAUCACUCAGGAUCUGAUGGCAAAAGUACGUGCCAUGCUGGCUGCCCCUAAGACCUUCCAGCCCAACACUUCCUGAAGAGGCGUAGCUUUAUAGCAGCUGAUUGGAAAAGGGGUGGGCUUCACCAUCUGCCUCUCCAAAACGACAGCCUCCAGCGACAGGCCCUCGGCCAAUCAGCAGGCAGCGUCUUUUGCCUGGAACUGUUUAGCAUUCAUAUUCCUCUGUCUGACUUUUAUUUUAUCUACUUUGAUACUUAACUGGGUGAGUGUAUCUACAGUAUAUUCCGAAUGGCAGUAGAUGUGAAGCAAUUGAGAGCAGAGUAGAUUAUCUCGUAAAGCAACUACGUGGGACUGUUCUACGUGUCGAGAGAGAGCCUGCAUCACAGCAAUGGUCACGCAGCAGCCUGCUAAAGUUUGGAUGCCCCUGUUCCCAACAUCUAUUUUCAGCACGAAUAAAGACAACAGAGCUUCAAAGCGCAGAAAUAAUUAAUAAAGUACAUUGCAUCUUUCAAAAAACGAAUUCUAUCUUCUCCAAAUUGAUGAUGGAGAGCUUUGCAGUGUAAUUGUGCAGCUGACAGAGCGCCUGAAUGCUAUCCUUCUGUGAAGGAUUGUUUUGUUCAUUUCUUUCUCACACUUUCUCUCUCUAUUCAUCUCUUUCUAUCUCCCUCUUUCGCUUCAUCUCUCAUUCUCUUUCUCUCACUCUUUUGCCAGGUCAGUUUUAAAGCUGGGGUCUCUGGUUCCAGUCUCUGUUGUCAAUCAGUUCCAGUGUGUGGCCUUCAAUUUGUGUUUCUAAGUUUGUACAGGGCUGAUUGUGGAGCUGCUUUCUUAGCACAAACUGUCAAUAAAGUUUGAAUGAUGA